AUGCUUGUCUCAUUGUUCAGGUCUAUCUUUCCCCGACGUUAUGUGCCAGUUCUCGAGCCAGCCGCAAGCGAUCUCAGCGAGAAGGAGUUCGAUCUCGAGUCCACGAGAUCCGACACGUCAGAGGCAAGCACACUUACCAGCAAUGAGAAACCGUCCUUUAAGGCGGACUCAAGGGUCAUCUCGGAUGCCAUAAUUGGCCUCUCAGACGGCCUUACAGUGCCAUUUGCUCUCACAGCUGGACUGUCAGCUCUUGGGGAUACCAAGGUUGUCAUCUAUGGUGGACUCGCAGAACUCAUCGCGGGAGCCAUCUCGAUGGGCCUGGGAGGGUAUUUGGGAGCUAAGAGCGAAGAGGAGUCUUACCACGCCACGCGAAAGCAGACAAAGAAUCAAAUCCUGAACAACCCAAACGCCCUAUCUGACAGCAUUUCAGCUAUGUUCGAGCCUUACAACCUUCCAGAACCUCUGACAGCCGACCUUACGACUCAUCUAGAAAAAUGCGACCCCGAGAAGAUGGUCAACUUCAUCAUGUCCUUUGAGCACGCCCUUCCGGAGCCUGCUAGCUCCCGAGCGUUCACCUGCGCUCUGACGAUUGCCCUGGGUUACUUUAUCGGAGGCUUUGUCCCUCUCUUACCGUAUUUCUUCACCGAUAACAUCACCACCGCUUUGAUCUGGUCUAUUGGGACAAUGGUCCUUGCUCUGUUUGUGUUUGGAUACGUCAAGACCUGCGUGAACGUUGGCUGGCGCAGCGGCAGGCACAUCUGGCAAGGCGUGCUAGGCGGUGCUCAGAUGGUUUUCGUCGGUGGUGCGGCCGCCGGAGCGGCGAUGGGCCUUGUUCGAGCCUUUGACUAUCAUCCUGCGAGAGGCUAA